AUCCUGUAGAAAAACUCAAAGUUUUAAGUGGGAUUAUCCUAUUAAAACAUACUCGUGAGAUGAAUGAGGUCCCAGCCAAAACACUCGUGUAUAAUUCUGGCAUUUUCUAUCUUUCUGCCAUAGUUUGCUGACAGAGAACCGGGCGAAGAGAUACUAAACUAAAGAUGAAACGUCUGAAAGAUAUUCUACUAGUUCUAUUUCGGAUAAAGAUGGUAAUUUUGUUCAUUCAAGGGACGAAAGGCGGGGAAUUGAGUAAUGGUAAGUUACUAUGUACGAUGACGCAGAUUAUAAUCACAAUAUGAUAAUCACGCAUGAUAAGUCACUCCUAAUCUGCGUGUAUUGUGUUAAUGACGUAUAGCGACGCUCUCUUGGUUCAUAGUAUGCUUGGUUCAACAUAGAAACGCCGUUAUCCAACUGCGCAAAAAGUGCGGUUGUUCCAGAUAAAUGGUUAUACUUUAAUCCGCGCGUAUUAUGUUAAUAGGAAACUUAAGAUGUGCUUAAUCUGUGCUUAAGACGUGCCAAGAAAAACAAACAGUUAUCGUGUUUUACUUUUGGAUUUGUUGCUAUACACCGUACCACAGCCGUACAUUAGCAUCACCCUACUAUUUAUACAUGAACAUGCAGGGAUUAUUUUAAGGGACAGUGAUAAGCAAUUUGUGCAGUGAUAAAUUUUUUAUCGAUAUGGACAUACGCCCGUAUUCUAAAAGCUCACUCACACUCAAUGAGUGGAGGUUCAAUCUGAGCUUCUCUCGAGUGUCAAUGCUGUUUUUGAAUAGCUGGAGGGCUAGUGUCAUACCUUACUCGGUAACUACUCACCCUCCAGCUAUUCAAAAACAGCAUUGACACUCAACAGAAGCUCAGAUUGAAUCUCCACUCAUUGAGUGUGAGUGAGCUUUUAGAAUACGGGCCAUAAAGUCGAUUAGGUCAACCUUACGUUAACAAAAUCUUCAAAACGAUCUUCGCAACAGCUGGUUUAUAAGCAUGGAAUCUUGUCUGGAUAAGCAGAAGUUUUAUUUCGUCUACAGUUUUGAAAUGAAAAGACAAGCAGAAAUACAGGGAUAGAGUUAUGAACAACCAGCCCCCCUCCCCCCCUCCCCGAUGAAAUCGAGAAUUAUUUUCCGUAUGUUAUUCACAAAAAAACCCCAACAAAUCAAUUAAUUAGAUAAGCUUAGAUAUACAAGUGAGCCCUGCCUCCCUUGUUAAAAUUCCAGAAAGCCUUUCUUUGUUUACAGAACCUCUCAACCACCAAGGCAGGUCAUUCCUACUGGGUUUUCUCGAAAUGGACAUGGACAGUGGCACUUGUGCAAUCUACGUUACCUCCAGCACACCUUCAGAAAUAACGGUACGCUACCUAAACAAAACUAUCACAAGCCAUACUCGCCCUGGAGUAUCUACGAGAAUUGAACUUUCCACUACAAUUCGUAUGAAAGGACUUGCCCUCGAGAACAAAGGAAUCUUACUGACUGCUAAUACGACUGUAUCUGUAUAUGCCACAAAUGCGAGAAAAAACUCGCGGGGGAGAGGCUCGCGGGAUGUUUACGUCAUCUUCCCAACAUCGACACUCGGGAGCCAAUACGUGAUAACCACUUAUACUCCAAUCACCAAAUCGCUAGCUGGCAUUAUAGCCUUAGGAGAUAACACCUUAGUUCAGAUUAAACUUCGCUUGCAAGGGAAUAUCACCUACAUGAAUAAAGUGUAUCAAAACGGUGAUAUAUUAAGGAUAUUUUUAAACAGGCUACAGACUUUUCAGCUACAGUACACCAAGGAUCUUACGGGUACAUUUGUGGUUGCCACAGGACCCGUGGUGGUGUUAGGGGGUAAUAUUUGUGCGAAGGUUCCAAAUUCAAAUAUCGGCUGCUCUCAUCUCUGCACUCAGCUAGUGCCAGUGUCCAAAUGGGGCACGCGGUUUAUGACGUCACCAAUAAUAAGGCGAGAUCGUGGCGGAGACUAUUUUAAAAUCGUUGCAGGGUUUGAUAAUACCUCUAUAUCAAUACCUGGCAAAAUGAAUUUGAUAUUAAGCGCUGGUGAGCACCACGAAUUCAACCUCGGACGAACAGAGCCAAGAUAUAUAGAGUGCAGCAUGCCAGUUAUGCUUAUGCAGUACAACAAAGGGUCGUCAGGCUAUAUACAGUCAGAACCAUUCGCUUUAAUGGUACCACCUAUUCAACAAUAUACGAAUUCCUAUAAUCUACCAAUUCCAGUUAAAAAUGAAAGUCCACCAUUUUCAAACCGUAUUAGUUUUAUUGCAAACACUUCAGAGUUUAGGUCUAUAGCAUUUGAUACACCGAAAUUUUGUAAAAGUAACCUAACACUACUUUCUAUACCCGAAACUAACUUCACCGUUUAUUCAUGCGAGCUUCGUAAUAUAGACGUAUCUACGGUGAUUCCAAUAAGACAUACUUCAGCAGGCGGUCGGAUUACUACGUACGUGGUCGGUCAAACUGACAAUGACGGUUAUGGCUACUUAGGAGGGAUGGAAAUGAGGGACGUGAAUUGCCUGCGUUUGUUCCCAGUUGGUUUGACGAUGGAUAAUGGUUGUGAUGGAAGGAUAGAUAAGGAUAUGGCUAAUAUUACUAGCUGUGAUCCCAUGUUAUCCAUAGUUCAAGUUCCCCUCUCGAAAAGUGAAUACCUAAAUGGAUCCGAGGUUAGCUACAAUAUAACCCAAAACUGUGAAGGGCUUAUAACAAGAAUAUACAAUUACAAAACACCUAAUGGUACUAAAGUGAUAGUAGCUAAAGAAGAAAUACGAUGGAAAAAGCGAAGGCCAACUAUCAAUCUUCCAACACAGACUCGUGUUAAUGAAUCCAAUAUAUCUGCUCUGGAAAUAGCUGUGCGCAAUAUGUCCUCGUUGUGUCCUGGGGACAGUUUGAAGUUCAAUGAUAGUUCGAGUGUUAGGGAGAAUGGAACCGAAAUAAUACAAAGACUGUGGAUAGUGCGAGAGGCAUGUGGACGAGUUACUACGGCCACACAAACUAUAAUUGGUAAGAUUUAGUGAUAAUAUUGGCGAGUUGUGUCCUUGAUUUACACAGUAUACAACUCAAGUUGCAAGCAGGUUGCGAGUUUUAGGCAAAAGUUGUGUAGUGCAUCGACCUUAAGUGAUCAUCAAUUUGCUUCUGUAUUACUGUAUAAUUUUUUCAUGUACUGUACAUUACCACAUAAUAGUAUGAUUUCUCGUGCAAUUCGGAAUAACAUACACUUGUGAGUUUUUCAAAGACUUCAAAGUUUACUCGCCCUUCGGACUCGUGCAAUUUCUAUCGUCUUUGAAAAACUCAUGAAUCUUUUAUUCCAAAUUGCACUGAAACCAUACUAUUCAAACAUCGCAUGUUUUUUCUUCCUGUCGUACUGCAGUAAUCCCAGAUAGGUAUGCCCCACGGAUCUCAUUCUGAAACUUUAGGAAAAACAGUUAAGAAUUGAUAGAGAGCUACCUGCGAUGUGCUUACCCAGCUAGUUUAGAUCACUGAUCUAAAAUAAGACUGGAUAAAGCAUCUGCUGUGCAUAAGUGAAGCCAUGCAAUGGCGGCCAUAUUGGAUGGCCCCACCAUGCACCUAAUCUGGUGUUGUGGACAUGUUUAGCUCUUCCUUUACGAUUCUAAUCACUAGUGGGAAAGGACAAAUAUUGCCUAGAUAAGAAUUUAUCAUCAGUAGCCUCUCUUUUUUCCUAAAUUUGCCGGUGAAUAACUAAUGGGGCCAUCAAAUAUGGCCGCCACAAGCCUCAUUAAGUGGUGUAUAAAACAUUCUAAAUCUACUUCGAAGAGGUUUUGGAAGCUAUAUUUCACAAGUCACAUAGGCGAAGAUAUUUGCUUUAUUGUCUAACUGAACUUAAACAGCAAACGAUUAAACUGGUCAUGAAUUUGACUGAUUUAUGAGUCUCAUCUCAUUUAAAUAUUCUGGCUUCAAAAUCGGAUUACUGAAUUCAAUAGGAUGCUUUAUCCAGUCUUGUUUCAGAUCAGUAGUUUAGAUCAGAAGAACUUGAACAACAUAUAUGGAAUCUUUUAGGACUGUUUCGUAGAGUCAAACUGGAAGCACUCUUCUCACAUUAGUCUACGUCAUAUUCUCACAUGAGAUCGAAACGAAACUACAGGGUGUUCCCCAAAAAGUCCCCCUAUCCCUAUAGAAAUCAGUCUUUUGUUGUUAAACGUGCGUUGUUAUACCUCUGGGAAUUUAAAAUAGCUUCUAAAACAAACAGCAACACGAAAAUGUCAAAUUACAAAUUCGUCUUACCGUCAGUUCGAGUAAGAAUGCAGAGUAUUUUGUUUGUGAUGUUACUCUGAGUGUAUAUCCACACCGGGCAAGCUUGAAAAAUAUGCCUGGCCACGGUGGAAUCGAACCUACGACCUUUGGAAUACUAGCCCAAUGCUCUGCCAACUGAGUUACGCGGUCAAGUCGGUUCGAGUAUGCGAUAUUUCGGAACUGAGUCUAGUUCCUUCGAUACCAAAGCAAUCUAGUAAUAUGAUUUUUUUUCGAUUCCCAAGCUUGCCCGGUGUGGAUAUACACUCAGAGUAAUACCACAAACAUCAUAUUCACCCGAGUACACUACACCAACACAGAAAAAAAUGCAGAGUAUUUGUCGUAACAACUUAUACGUUAAUGCAAAGUGUAACCGAAGUGUUAAAUUAUUUGGACGAAGGGAAGUUGUAAAUACUUCCGUCGUUCAUGUACAAUUACGUUAAAUUCCCAAAGGUACAAUAAUGCACAAGAGUGAUUUCUUAAAGGGGCAUUUUUUUUGGGACACAGACAAUAGUGCAUUAUAGGAAUCGAUCCUCAGUCACAGAGCAUAGAUUAGGGAAUGAAUAGAUGGCUCACUCCUUUGAUGUUUUUGACGCUGCCGGCACCCACGCAUGUUCUUGCCAGAGUAAUGGCGGCCUAGCAAGUAACUGUUGUAAAAUGUAUUGUGAAAUUGACAUCGGUGCUACUAAAUCCUGUAUUUUUAUAAUUCUGAUUUAUUUUCCCAUUAAGCCCCGAAAGCGGAAAAAUACAGGAUUUAGUAGCACGGAUGUCAAUUUCACAAUACAUUUUAUUAUAGUUCUUGCUAUAGGCCGCCAUUACUCUGGCAAGAACAUGCGUGGGUGCCGGCAGCGUCAAAAACAUCAAAGGAGUGAGCCAUCUAUUCAUUUCCUAAUCUAUGACAGAGGUUAAACACACAUGCACUAACAAUGUGCAACCAAUGAACAAUCCAUUGGAAACAAUGUGAUAAUCCGACCAAAGAUUAUAACUACAUACUGUUUCUUUUUAUCUAGUGCAUCCCACUGAUGGUGAAAAAUGCGGAGCAAAAAAAUCAAGAACGAUGUUACUCGUAAUACUGAUUACUUCAGUGGGAAUACCAUUAAUUAUACUGGUAUCAGCAGUAUGCAUAAUUUUGUAAGUAUAUUUAUAAGUAAAUUGUAAAUAAAUAGAUGCCUUCGGAACAUAAAUUCAGGGGCCGGGCGGAUCUACCGUAGUGUGCAGGAGGUGUGCACCCCACCUAGUGUGUCUAGCAUCUCCCUAGAGAAGUCCAGCACCACCCUAAGAAAUCUGCUUGACCAUACAUUUUCUGCUUUUCGAAUAUUGAUUAACGGAACUUCUACUGUUAGUCCAGCGGAAAAGUAAAAAAUCAUGCACUUUGUGAAGAAAGCACCCAAUUCACAGGAAGUGUAGAUUUUAACAUGAUAAUGAAUCUUAGAUAUGGAGGUAUCACCAAAAUUGAUGCUGACGGCUUAAUUAAAAUUGAGGAUUUCUUAUAUUCUCUUAUUAAACUCUAUUACUGUUUAAAAUUGUGAAAUUGCAGGUUCACAUAUAGCAGAAAUGACUUGCAUGAUUAGAAAGCUUACAAAAAACUACAUAUAAGACUUUUAAACGGCUGAUUGAUUGGUUUUAUUGCUAUUUAAAAAUGUGAUAAAUAGGCAAAAAUCCCGCCAAAGUCCUGGACACUAGCGGCCCUAAAACAUAUUUUCAACCGCUCAUAACUCCAGAGGAGUUGGAAAAUCAAAGUAACUGGUUAAAUGUCUUAUAUG